UGGAGUCUCUUCUCUUCUCUUUAAGAAGCACACGAAGACAAUCCGAAAGCUGACCACAAAGCUUGUUUUCGACUUUGGCGAUCAGAUAAAUCUUUCUAUCCAGAAACUUUUUUUCCUUUUUUUUGGCGAGAAAGCGAAACCUUUUAGGCUAAAAUGGCGAAGAAAGGAGGAGCGACGCUAGCUGAGGAUGCACCGUGGCGUGUCUCAUCAGUGAGACCAGUGCCUCGAAUCAGUCGCUCUCCGGUUUUAUGUAUCUCUCAAAGCCCAGAAACCGAUUACGCUAUUGCCGUCAUGAAGCAUCCGAAUCCGGUGGGAGGUGGUUUGGCGAUGGAAGCGGUUCUUGAAUCUGCAGGACCUGAAUGUGUUGUUCCUGGCCAAGUCACGCCUCUUCGACUGCUUGGUAUCAAGGUGUGGCCAGUUGAGGUUGAUCUUAAAUUCUUGGAACCAGUAGGAAAAGAGCUGAAAAUGCUUGGGAAGUUCAUGGACAACGCUGUCGACCUGAUGAAUAAGUCCUUCAUCGACCGUUAAGCACACCAUGAAAGGUUGUACACCUGGAGUUUUGGAAUUGCGGGAGAAAUUGUCUAGUUACCGGAACUUGUUAGAUGCAGAGAAAGAUCCAAUCUUUAGCAAAGUUGAAUAUGGUGUGUGGUGUGUAUAUAGAGGGUUUUCUUAUUUAACUGUUGAUACACAAAAAAUCUAUAUGCUACUAAAAUCAUUGCUUUGAAUUUUACAGUUUUAAAAGGAUGUCUUUUUAAAA